GUUCCUUUACCUGGGGAGGAACGGAGGAGGGGGAGACGGAGGAACGGCUCUCCUCCUAACCGCAAUCCACUGUCAUCACUUUAGAAGGGCUUGGAAGGAUACAGGCAGACUGCUGGAACGUCUGGUACAAUUAACAAUUUACAAGCAGGAAACUUCGCUUAAAUCUUAGCCAGUUUUUAUUUGACGAGGAAAGCACUGACUUGCGACAAAAUGAGAAAGGCGAUCCUCUGUGAUGGGAGCCAUUUGAGAAGAAAAACAACGUCUUUCUCCAUGCGAUCGUAGCUGGGCACUAUACUACCUGUAGGAUUUAAAUCAAUAAUCGCUUUACAUAGGAUGUGGCGAUCAGAAGCCGCGAAGACGUGCAAAAUAACGUUUUCGAAGUAAAAUGGAGCGCAAAUUAUGAAAUAUAGAACAAAAAUAGUCGACAUUCACACAGUGAUCUUGGGAUCGAUUAAGAACCCGUCUCUUUUAUGAAGAAAGACUGCGACUGGCGAGCCUCCUGCCUAUGGAACCGCCGUGAAAUACGCGCUUCGGAUUUUUCACUGGGGGAAAGGCAAUAAAGCCGGCGGUAAUUCAGUAGCGCAAUAAUGCACGAUGCUUGUACUUGUGCGGUAAUUUGCAUUGAGUUUGAAAGUUUGAGCAAUAUCUUCAGUAAGUACCAGUGAGCAUGUAACCUUAUAUAUCGCAGGUAUGCGUCUGCUAUGCUGAAGUGCGCGUCCGACUGAACCAGUUAUUGUACGCCUUGAACUUAAGACAGUGCCACCUUCUACUGUCUGUCCUCUAUCACUGGGAGAAGCUUUUUUUCCGUUGACACCAAUAAAUAAAAUAACAAAUAUCAAACCAAAGGCUGGAAACAGGCUUAAUGCUGUUUACUUGAGCUUCCGAAACCUUGCCCACAAGUGGAGUAUUCCAAAGUUGUGCUAAGUGAAGCGUGCUAUAUGAAGAUCUCCGCAUCGCUGUUGGUUUUCUCCCGCAGAAAUGCCAGUGCGCGCCGUGACUUCCACGUUAAUGUACAGGGGCCUUUGCACUAUACCAGACAUCCUUGCGUACCGGACCCCUGUUACCCUUCCCGAGGACGAACUAGAAGAGAUCCGAGAGGCCUUCAAGGUGUUUGACCGAGAUGGGAACGGCUUCAUCUCCAAGCAGGAGCUGGGCAUGGCCAUGCGCUCCCUGGGGUACAUGCCCAACGAGGUGGAGCUGGAGGUCAUCAUCCAGAGGCUGGACAUGGACGGGGAUGGCCAAGUUGAUUUUGACGAAUUUGUCACCCUUCUUGGACCAAAGCUGUCUGCAGCCGGAAUGCCAGACAAGUUCCAUGGAACGGACUUUGAUUCUGUAUUCUGGAAGUGUGACAUGCAGAAGCUGACAGUGGACGAACUUAAGAGGCUCCUGUAUGACACCUUCUGUGACCAUCUGACCAUGAAGGACAUCGAGAACAUCAUUAUGACCGAGGAGAACCACAUGGACAGCCCAGAGUGUCAGGUGGAUAUCGACACAAGCCCAAUGCAACAGGUCAAGCACACCUGCGUUCGGAAGAGUCUAAUUUGUGCCUUCGCCAUUGCGUUCAUCAUCAGCGUCAUGCUCAUUGCGGCCAAUCAGAUGCUACGCAGGGGCAUGAAGUAGGAGGAGCCAGGGAUGGACAUGUCCACAUGGGGAGUCCCCUCCCCCUUUUGUCUUUGUCUUUCGUCAGAAGUCUCAGAGCAAGACAGCAAAAAGUAACACAACAAAAAAAAAAGUAAGCAUUCCUAGGGGCCUGAGUCUUUGGGCUUGCUGUAGCGACCUACAUCCUGCCUCCUUCCAGGCAGAAAAACAAACUUUUCCUGCUUCGCUGGGAGAAAAACAGACAGAUGAGUCAAAAAGCAGUGAUCAUUCGGGACAACUGCACCACGUCUGCCCACCUACACCUGCUUCUGGAGUGUCAGAGUCUAAGCGGUAGGCGCAAGGCAAUAUGGCUGGAGACAACCAUUCAGUGCAUGUACUGCAUGAAACAUCCAUCCUGAUGCAACUGGUGUUUUUCCAUUCGUGCAAGGACAAGUAUCUGCAUCUGCAUAAGUUGUUAUUAAAUGUGCAUCAUAAAUUCUUGCCGACGGUGUUUGGAAACAGGUUCCAGGGGAUGGUGGCAUGCCUGGUUGCAGGACUAAAGAUGAAUCUGUGCAGAAGAUGAGGAUUAAGCUACAUUAUGCAUUGGAAGAUGUUGGAACACAGCCCCAUGUCUCUAUGUAUUACACCCCCCACCGCCCCUUUUUUGGGAUGCAUUGAUAUCCUCCAGGGUUCCAGUGAUGUUGCCAGGUUGUUGAGCUUAAC